AGCCGGGUCGCCACCCGCGGUGCCCGUGGAGCGGGUGCGGAUGAUCAACGUGCAGCGCCUGCUGGAGGCCGCCGAGUUUUUGGAGCGCCGGGAGCGAGAGUGUGAACAUGGMUACGCCUCAUCAUUCCCCUCCAUGCCGAACCCCCGGCUACAGCAUUCAAAGCCCCCACGGAGGUUGAGCCGGGCACAGAAACACAGCAGCGGGAGCAGCACCACCAGCACUGCCAACAGAUCCACACAUAAUGAGCUGGAAAAGAACCGACGAGUUCAUCUGCGCCUGUGUUUAGAACGCUUAAAAGUUCUGAUUCCACUAGGACCAGACUGCACCAGGCACACAACACUUGGUUUGCUCCGUAAAGCCAAAGCACACAUCAAGAAACUUGAAGAAGCUGAAAGGAAAAGCCAGCACCAGCUUGAGAACUUGGAAGGAGAACAGAGAUUUUUAAAGCGGCGACUGGAACAGCUGCAGGGUCCUCAAGAAAUGGAACGAAUACGAAUGGACAGCAUUGGAUCAACUAUUUCUUCAGAUCGUUCUGAUUCAGAGCGAGAGGAGAUUGAAGUGGAUGUUGAAAGCACAGAGUUCUCCCAUGGAGAAGUGGACAAUAUAAGUACCACCAGCAUCAGUGACAUUGAUGACCACAGCAGCCUGCAGAGUAUUGGGAGUGAUGAGGAUUACUCCAGUGCCAGUGUCAAACUUUCGUUCACUUCCUAGAACCCAGCAUGACAUAAUAGUGCAGAGCAAAAUAUUCACUGGGCCAAUUCAGUACAAUCUCUUAAAUUGGGUUCAUGAUGCAGUCUCCUCUAUAAAGCUAAACAAAACUAUACUUGAACAAAGGGUCAGAAGACCUGUAUUUAAGCAAAUAACUUAGCAAAAAGUGGGGUAGAGCCUCCCCAGCAGAACAAAUAUAUUCAGAAUAUUCACAUUGGAAAAAUCACAAUUUCUAAUGGCAAUGGAAAACUUGURUGAAAUUAUCUUGAUUUGAUCUAAUUGAUUUCAAAGAGGACACUGGAGAUUCCAUCCUCUUUUUCUAGUUUGCUCAUACUACGUUGAGUAGACACAUUUAAAGAUGGGAUUAUGAACCCUUCCUGAGCUUUAUGGCCCUAG